CGGGUUUGAACGUGCGCGAGCGAUCCUCUGCCGCCUGCCUGCCGCCUGAUUGAGUGUUGUUGCGCUGCGCUGCCUUGGUUGCGACUUGGAGACUUGAAGACUCUCUACACACGCUACGCGCUACACGCCACACGCCACACGCCACACGCCACACGCCACUGCGCCACGGCACACGGCACAGGCGCGGAAAACAGGCGCGCGGCGCGGCAACGCUGACUGCUGCAGGGCUGCUGCUGCUGCUGCUGCUGCAGGAACCGGCCCCGGCCAAAGGGAGAGAGAGCCUCGCAACGCGGCCGCCACUACCAGACUCGAGGAAGGCUUCCGGACACUAGCCUAGCCCCCCGGACUCUUGCGGCGGGCGAGCAAGCGGAAGCGCAGGCAGAGGGCGGCACAACAAACAACCAGCCCGCACCAACCACAGCACCUCCCUCCACCCCCCGCCGAACCAACAACAACAACAACAAAACAACCAAACGAAAUGCAGCUUUCGAAAAUCCUAUCGCUGGCACUGGUGCUGGGGUGCGUGGUGCUGGGCAGCCGGGCGGCUCCCCAGGCGAACCAGGCGGCGGACCCGACGAAGGCGAACCGGAACAGUCUGCUGCUGCGGCGGGGCAACGUCGGACGGCCGCUGGGCAGGACGACCGCGACGACCACCACCACGACGACCGCGUCGCCCGACUACGCAGAGGACGAGUACGCCGACAAUUACGACGAGGGCAAGGGGGAGCAGGGCGACGGUGGCGAAGAGGAUGCAGCCGAUGGUGGUGGUGGCAAGCAGCCGACGACCACGACGACGACGACCGAGGCGCCCAAGAAGAUCCGGCCCAGCAUUCGCCCGUUCCGGAGCAACGACGAUCUGCUGAGCGCGCUCAAGAAGCGGCGCGAGGAGUCGAAGAACAGCAAACCGGCCGCCGCGCUGCCGAAGGAGAAGGUGUACGACGGCGACGAGGCGCCGGCCGCGCCCAAGCCCGCGAAAGCUCCCGCAAUCGGUAAAAUUGCAGAUAAUAUAGUAUUUUCCUUCACGAAACCAUCGAACAAGCGGCGCUUCGGGAACGGUGCGACCGGACGGAAGGAUACGGCCGGAGAGCCGGCAUCUGGCGACACGGCGCACGGCCAGGGGCCCGACCAGGGGGACGACGGCAGUAGCAGCGGUAGUGCGGCCUCCAAGUCGCUGAUCGGUCGCCUCGGUCGAUCGCGGUUCGCGCUGAAGCAGUGAGGCGCAGGCUGAAACGAGGCAGUAGGCAGUAGGAAGUAGGAGUGACAAAGGCAAGCGAGACGUGCAACUUACAUGCGUGUGUGGCGUGUGGCAGCGAGACGGGACAGCUAUCGGUGAUAUCGCACCAUUGCGGGAUUCGAUCCAGGAUCUCCGGAUCAGGUUCGUCCAGAGAUCAUCCGUGGCGGAGGAACUCCCCGCCGCGAUGUGACCAUCCGUCCGUCAUCCCCCUCCCCUUCACUCCAAGACCGGGAUCCACCACUACACGCGUUCAGCUUCACGCCACCACCACCCCAACUGUUCCGACUUCUUACUCGGUGUAUUUUAAAAUAUCAGUUUAUUUUAUUCUCCGGUGGAAAUAAAAUGUACGAUUCCGU